AUGUCGCCUUCCAACAGGAACGGAGUUGGCGCCGAGAUCGAGGGUGAGAAGAUCAACACCAACAUUGUCACUCUCACCAGAUUCCUCACCGAGGAGCAAGUAAAGCACAAGGAAGCCACUGGAGACUUUACCCUCCUCUGCCAUGCCCUCCAGUUCUCCUUCAAGUCCAUCGCCUACUACAUCCGCCGCGCCACACUCGUAAACCUGACCGGUCUCGCCGGCUCCUCCAACACCACGGGCGACGAGCAAAAGAAGCUGGACGUGAUUUCCAAUGACCUCUUCAUCGAGGCCAUGCGGUCCUCGGGCAAGUGCGCCCUUCUCGUCUCGGAAGAAGAGGAAGACGUGAUCUACUUCAAGGACGCCAAGAACGCGCGCUAUGCCGUCGCCUGCGACCCCAUCGACGGCUCCUCCAACCUGGACGCCGGUGUGUCGGUGGGCACCAUCUUCGCCAUCCACAAGCUGGCCGAUGACAGCACGGGUUGCAAGGAGGACAUCCUCAAGCCCGGCACCGAGCUCGUCGCUGCGGGUUUCACCAUGUACGGCGCCUCGGCCCAGCUAGUUAUCACCAUGAAGGGCGGCUCCGUAAACGGCUUCACCCUCGACCAGGGCGUCGGCGAGUUCAUUCUUACUCACCCCAACAUGACGAUCCCCAAGAAGAGGACCAUCUACUCGGUCAACGAGGGUAACUCGCUGUACUGGGAGGACGAGGUCAAGGCGUACUUCAACAGCCUGAAGGAGGGCCAGGAGGACGCCGGUGGCAAGCCGUACAGUGCCAGGUACAUCGGUUCCAUGGUGGCGGAUGCGUAUCGUACCCUGCUGUACGGUGGCAUCUUUGCGUAUCCUGCGGAUAAGAAGAGCCCCAAGGGCAAGCUGCGGAUUUUGUACGAGUGCGCGCCGAUGGCCAUGGUUUUUGAGAAUGCUGGUGGUCAAGCCGUCGAUAGCAAGAUGAACCGCAUGCUCGAGGUCGUACCGGAGAAUAUCCAUGACAAGGCCGGUAUCUUUAUGGGUUCUUAUGAUGAGGUUGAGAAGGUCAAGAAGUUCCAUGGCAAGGCUUAA